AUGGGGGAUCUGAGGCAGAAGAUGGGGGUUGUGUCUCAGACGAUAUGCCCGAGUACCCGGGCUGCGUCUGAUGAGGACUUAAAAGCACCAAAGAAAGAAGAGAAAAUACAGAUGAAAAGAGAAAUCACCCUGACAAAUGGAAUCUGCCUUAUUGUUGGAAACAUGAUCGGCUCUGGGAUCUUUGUCUCACCUAAGGGUGUCCUCAUGUACAGCGGCUCUUACGGGCUGUCGUUGCUGAUUUGGGCUUUUGGGGGCAUCUUCUCUGUGUUUGGGGCUUUGUGCUACGCAGAGCUUGGUACCACCAUCACCAAGUCAGGAGCCAGCUAUGCCUACAUCCUGGAGUCUUUUGGAGGCUUCUUAGCUUUCAUCCGUCUGUGGACGUCCAUCCUACUGAUUGAACCGGCCAGCCAAGCAGUGAUUUCUCUGACAUUUGCUAACUACAUGGUGGAUGCUUUCUACCCCACCUGCCAGCCGCCCUAUGACUCUGUACGACUUAUUGCUGCAGCCUGCCUCUGUAUGCUCAUCUUUAUCAACUGUGCCUAUGUGAAGUGGGGGACUAUGGUCACAGACAUUUUCACUUACGUCAAACUCAUGGCCCUCGUCCUUGUCAUCAUUGUAGGAAUCCUAAAAGCGCUGAGAGGAGAAUCAAAGAGCUUUGAGAGUCCUUUUGAAGGCUCCUCUACAGAUCCAGGAGCGAUCGCUCUGGCACUUUACUCAGCUCUGUUUUCCUACUCUGGCUGGGAUACUCUCAACUUUGUGACUGAGGAGAUUCAGAACCCAGAGAGGAAUCUUCCUCUGGCCAUUGCAGUUUCCAUGCCCUUAGUGACCAUAAUCUACCUGCUGACUAAUGUAGCAUACUAUGUUGUUUUGGACAUGCCGUCUCUUCUGGCCAGUGACGCUGUCGCUGUGACAUUCGGGAAUGCGGUCCUUGGACCGUUCAAGUGGAUCAUUCCUAUCUCAGUGGCCAUGUCCUGUUUUGGAGGUCUUAAUGCUUCCAUCAUUGCCGCCUCAAGGUUGUUCUUUGCCGGGGCCAGAGAGGGUCAACUCCCAGACACACUGAGUCUGAUUCACAUGGAGCGGUACACACCCAUACCCGCCCUUCUGUUCAGUGGGCUGAUGAGUCUGAUCUUCUUGUGUGUGGAGGACGUAUUUCAGCUCAUCAAUUAUUUCAGUUUCAGUUACUGGCUCUAUGUGGGUCUGUCUGUGGCCGGCCUCAUCUACCUGCGCUUUACUCAGCCGGACAGACACAGGCCUUUGAAGUUGACGUUGUUCUUCCCCUUCAUCUACUGUCUGUGCAGCCUGUUCUUAGUCAUCGUCCCUCUGUUUGGAGACACCAUCAAUUCCCUCAUAGGAAUUGGCAUCGCACUCUCAGGGGUGCCGGUCUAUUAUGUGGCAAUUUACCUGCCAGAGGAAAGGAGGCCCAAGUUCAUACGCAAGCUAUCCAACGCUGUCACCAUAUUCACCCAGAAGCUGUUCUACUGCUGCCUGACUGAAUUUGACACCGACACAGACGCACAAGCAGGCGGUAAAAAGCAAUGAGCUGCAGACAAGCCUCAUGGCCCAGUACUCAGCUGCCCCUUGGAGGCCUCAGUCUACUCCAUGUGCUGACAUUCAUGCUCCCAGUGGGCAGAAAAAAAACUUUUCAUAGACUGAGCGGCGAGGGAGCAUGUGUAAAAAAAAGACGACUCAAACGACUCCGCAGGAAAGGAGCAAGAACAACAUUUGAGAAACUUUUGCCGUUUUCUGAAAAUGGGAUUCAUUUUUCUACAAAGAUGAAGGAAUAUCUUCUAUGAGGAUUUUAUAAACAUAGGUACACAGCAACAGCUCAGCACUUUUUAGACUUUUGUGAUAACUUUUUGUCUGUGGAAACAUCAAAUAAUGAUGUGGCUGGAAUACAAUCAUGUUACAGCUCUAGAUAUAUAUAAUAUGCUCAUUAUACUGUAUAGCUUUGUACAGUUUGAUUCCAGAUUCAAAUGAACUGUAAAUAACACAAAUAUAAAACAAACAGGUUGCUGAACAGUCUAACUCAAAGUAGUUCAGUUCUCAGUUUGAGGUAUUUUUAUUCACUUUGAAUAUUUAAUGCCAUCAGGUUUACAUUUUGUUUUCAAUGUAUGCCACUUUAAAAUCACCAGCAGUGUAUUUCUGUUUCACUGCAAUAAGAAAGAGAUUAUUUUGACCAUUUUUAUGAAACUUUAACACAACACUUUCCCUACUUUAGGUGGAGCCUGGUCCACUGUUACUGCAGGUUCAGUACUGCUGCACACAUAGUGUUCAAUCAAACUGUCAAACGUUAAUGGACCAAGAUGUUUGGUAUCAUGUAUUACA